CAUUUUUCAAACACCCGCAUUUUCAGUGCUACCAACAGACACAACCGAAAAGCGCCUGUGAAUUAUGACGUCGAGUUCUCUUUGCAAAUGGCUUUUUCCGGUGUAGCCAAGUUUUAGAUCGCCGUAAAAAGUUGUUUAAAGUGUCUAAUCAUGGGUGACUCUUUCGGCAGUUUUGACGAUGUGAGAGCAGUAUCCAAAAAUGUAGGCCAUACGAUCGCCGAUCUUCCAGAGAUCAAACUUUUCGGAAGAUGGAGUUGUGAUGACGUACUGGUUUCAGAUAUGUCACUAGAAGAUUAUAUUGCAGUAAAAGAAAAGUACGCAAAGUAUUUACCACAUUCAUCCGGACGGUAUGCUGCGAAACGGUUUCGUAAGGCACAGUGCCCGAUUGUUGAGCGACUUACCAACUCACUUAUGAUGCACGGACGAAACAAUGGCAAAAAACUAAUGGCGGUGCGGAUUGUCCGGCAUGCGUUUGAAAUUAUUCAUCUUCUAACUGGAGAAAAUCCUCUACAGGUAUUGGUUACUGCAAUAAUCAACUCGGGCCCACGUGAAGAUUCCACACGUAUCGGAAGAGCCGGUACGGUCAGAAGACAGGCUGUUGACGUUUCUCCUCUUAGAAGAGUAAACCAAGCAAUUUGGUUAUUGUGUACAGGAGCCCGAGAGGCUGCGUUCCGUAACAUCAAAACUAUCGCCGAGUGCUUAGCUGAUGAACUCAUAAACGCUGCCAAGGGUUCUUCGAAUUCGUACGCGAUUAAGAAAAAAGAUGAAUUAGAACGUGUUGCUAAAUCUAACCGUUAAUUUAAGUUUUUCAUCAUUUCUAUCUGCCACAUUUUAUAUGUUGUAGAAUAAAUAAUAUAACAUUAAUAAUU